AUUAUCAGGCCGUAACAUAGUAUGGAUGCUUUCUCACGCCUUGGCUUCCUGCCAUACGAUGAAAAGACAAGCCUUCUCAGGCCUGUCAGCCUAUAAUGCUUGUCUUUUUCAAAGUUUAACCUUUAACCCUUGACCUCCGCCCUCUGAACCCCUAUGGGGCGUAUCCUUUAUAUCAUGCUGACAUUGUGUCCGAGGCUCCUACUGCAGCGGACGGACCAAAGUGCGGAUUUAUGGAUGUCGGCGAUGCCAUUUGUAUCUCUGACAGAGGCACAGUGGGAUCACUCCAGUCCCUUCUGCUUCUCGAGUGGAAGACUCCUGCGUACCAUGAAUCCCAAGGGCAUACACUAUGGCUUCCUCAGGAAGUACGGGGGUUUCAUGUUUAAGCAGUGGAAGGAGAAGUACCUGGUGCUGAAUGCCCAGGGAAACCUGCUGGUGUGUCGUGAUGCAGAGUCACCUCCGGACCAGGUGCUGUCUCUGUCGAAGGACUGCCUGCUCAUCGCUGAAGGCAGGGAGAUCCUGGAUCUGCCCCGCCUCCCCCGGGGAGGUCGCCGAGAGUGCUGCCUGGCGCUGAUCCUCACUCAAGACAAAUUCCUGUUGCUGCUGGCUGAAAAUGCUAACGACUGCAGCCAGUGGCUGAAUAUGCUGAGAAAAGUGAGACAGGGUGUCACUUCCAAUGGGCCAUCCUGGAAAAGACAGCCUAGCUUCACCACUUCUAUCAUGGAUGGAGACCCUGUAUCGUCCCAGUUCAGGGAAGGGGAAACCCCAGCCGCCUUGUUCAGAGCGAAAGACAACACCUCCUAUUACCAAUCUCUCAGGAGGGGGAAAGGCACCAUCUCCCCGCGGGCAGUGCAGAGUGGACCUUUGGCUCCACCCCCGCGUUCUCCUGACUGCCUUCGGCACGGAAACAGCAUCGAUGCGCGAGCGGUGAGAGCGGUCUGUCUACUAAUGGGAGGGGCGGCCGCAUCCUCCAUGCUGGGCUGCCUCAGCUCUUUGCCUCCUCCAUCUCAUAACGUCAGAUCAGCAGACUCGAAUCCCUCCAGCGAGCUUUCGGGAUUAGGGACGGCGGGAGAGCACCAUGCCGCCAACUCCCCGAACAUCCAGAGCUUCGACUUCGAGGGCGACUCUGACUUCGACACCUUUGACUGCGGGGGAUUUGCCUUCUAGAAAACAAAAAUCAGGUUAAACACAGACUUUCCUCUCCUAUCGACCCCUACAGUAAAGUUCAAUUGAUCAAUUCCUCAGAUACAGUACUUACCAUAAGCACGUUAUUUAUUUAUAUUUAAAUAGUCAAUCCAUGUCUUGUUUUCCCUGAUUUUUAUUGCUUUACCACUCCAGUCAGCCUGAAACAUAAUAGAGAUGAGUUUUCAAAUAAAGAAUGCUC